GAUAUUCUUUUGGUGGUAAAGUACAAAAAAGCUACACUUCCGACAACAAACGCAAUAUUUUCCACUUAUGUUUCUUGAGAAAUGACUGGAAUUUAGAAACACAUUUGAAGAUAUUAAGAAACUAGAGUCUAGGCGUAUACUUUUUAUAGUUUAAAAUGAAUAAAGAGGAGGUUUUAAAUCAUUUUACCAAGCUGAUGAGAGAGAAACCGGAAAUGUCUUCAGCUGUAGCAGCAAUCUCCACCCUAGUCAGGCUUAUGGAAUGUAUAAAAGCUAAAACUUUAUCAGAGCUUCGGAGUGCAAUCAAAGAUGCCAUUACUGUUAUGCAGACAACAGACUAUAGCUACGCUUCUAUCCACUCAAGUUCAGAACAGUUUUUAAGAUACACAUCAUUGACAAAUUUAGACACGAACUUCCAAGAAAAUAUGUUGGAGAGGGGAAAAGAGUUUUACAAUAACAUGAUAAAAGCCAGAGCGAAGAUAGCCAAACUGGCUUCAGCAUUUAUAGAGGACGGAGCAACAAUCCUGACCCACUGUCGUUCUCGUAAUGUAUUAGAAGUGCUGAAAGCCGCAGCUAGUCAGAAAAAAAGAUUCACAGUGUACGUGACGGAGUCCAACCCUGACAAAAGUGGUUACCAAAUGGAAAAAGAGCUUUCAAAACUUGGAAUCCCAACUAGUGUGAUUCUAGAUUUUGGUAUAGGUUAUGUAAUGGAGAAGGUCCAGCUGGUGAUGGUAGGAGCUGAGGGGGUGAUGGAAAGUGGGGGAAUCAUCAACAAGAUUGGUACAUAUCCUAUUGCUAUUUGUGCAAGGCAGAUGAAUAAACCAUUUUAUGUCGUCACUGAAAGUUUUAAGUUCGUCAGAGAGUACCCACUCAAUCAGAUGGAUGUGCCUGACCAGUUUAAGUUCCGAGCAUCAACUAGGCAAAACUCGAAAGACCUAAGCAAAGAGCAUCCAAUAGUGGACUACACCCCUCCAGAGUACAUCAACUUGUUGUUCACUGACCUCGGGGUGGUGACCUCAUCUGCCGUCAGUGAUGAGUUAAUUACAUUGUAUUGCUAGCACCGCUCUGAUUGAAUAAUAAAAGUUG